ACAAAAGUCCAGAGGAGAUAAAAUCUGUGUUGAAAGAGUCUAUAAAACUUAUGAAUAAUAAUAUUUUGAAGCAAGACAGAGUCAGAAUAAAUGUUCGAAGAAAGUUUCUAUGGAUCGACUUUAAACAAGCACGUCUUACAAAGAUCAAACCUGAUGACAACUUAAAGGUUGUGUUUAUUGGCGAAUGUGCCAUUGAUGAUGGAGGACCAAAAAGAGAGUUCUUCACAGAAUUGUUAGAAGCAGGAAAAAGGAAGUUAAUGUCUCGUGGAUUUCCCAAUGAUUCCACAAUGGCACUGAUGGCUAAUGACUUCCGACUACUUGGUGAGGCUAUGGUUAUGUCUGUCAUACAGGGUGGUCCAGCUCCAAAUUUCUUAAAUGAAAGUAUAUUCCAAUAUAUUGCAAAGCAAGAUUUAUCUGCAGAAAAUUGUCAAAAUGAGGCAUUUAAAUCAGCAGCUAUUAAGUUAUCAUCCUGUAUAACAGAUGAUGUACUUCAUGAAACCAUAUUGGCAGAUGAGAUAUUAGAUGUUUUGCAGAAUGUUGGAUACACCGGUGUGCCUCAAAAAGAAAGCAUCAAAUCAUCCAAAGACAUAGUGCAAUCUAUUUGUAUAAAAGAUCAAAUCUCUAACAGCAUAGCCCAGCUGCAACAACUUCAAGAAGGCUUGCCUAACUGUAAUCUUUUUGACGCGAUAAGAAAACAGCCACAUGUAUGGAAGGCAGUGUUUGUGCCGAGUGAUAUUUUCAAGUUUACUGCUGAUGAGUUUCUUGACCAUCUGCAACCUCAAUAUAGUAGCUCUCAAGCUUUGAAGAUGAAGGAAGUUUUCAUCCAUGGUUGCAAAGAUUGCUGCAAAUGUAGACCAUCUACGUCAACAUGUGACUUGCUGGUGAAGUUACCUGUUCAUAUAGCUUCGGAAUGUGAAAUGGAAGAAUUAAUGGUUUCUGCCAUUGGGGAUUCGUGUGAUUUUGGACUUAUCUGA